GUAUAAGCCUUAAACAGCACUGGAAAUAUGCCGCCAACUACUUAUUGAAUGCAUGUGCAAUUCAAUGGCGCCCCUCCUGUUCUGGGGUUUGGUUUGGUGUGCUGCAUGCUUCCUAUAAUGUCUUGACGGUGGAUGUGCACUCAUCGCCACUGUCGUCAUGGCGCUUGGCCAGAGCAGAUCUGCUGUAUAUUUUUAUCUACCCAUACAGUAGACAGGGAUCCUCAUAACCAGCACGGGGCAGAGCUGGAAAUAAAAUAUGGAUGUGCUUCUCUGCGUAUGCUGAUAUCUGGUGCUAGAUCAUACCUUGAGAAGGGACAUGGUGUGCGUAGUCCAUAUCCCCUAACCUUCAAGGCUGAAUUAUCCAUCCGAAUCGGCUUGCCCAAAACUCAAAAUGAGUCGCUGGUGACAUGGAUACACAGAAAAUCAUUUGGUAACCAAGCGGUGAUUCCUUUCCGAUAUAAUUGUGUAACACCUGAUAUUGGUGAAGUCAUACAGGGAAUUUAUAGCGCCUGUCACCCACACGGUUGGGACAACUCAACUACAUGGCUGUGCACCUCAUUUGCCUCAUUUAGCUGGCUGACCAUCGUGGUGUGAGCGGUGUGACCGGAAGAUCGCUCUGGUAAGCUGGUAUGCAGAGAAGAUAAGGAGGAGAAAACCUGCUCGAGAAAAUGAGUGCAGCUGGAGAUUGUCGUGACCUUGUUGCUAAGGCGAGAAUC